AGUUGAAAUUGAUAUUAAAGGACCUUUAUCUCCAACCAAGCAAGGCAAUUAUUAUAUUAUUAUUGCCAUAGAUUAUUUGACCAAAUGGCCAGAAGCAAGAGCUAUAACUAAUGUAAAAGCUACAACUGUUGCUAAAUUUAUAUAUGAAAAUAUUAUUUGUUAA